AUGGAGAAGCGGUGGCACGCUCUGCCUGGUGCAGGGUUGCAGCUGGAGGUGCUGUUUUAUGCAGCGGCAAGUGGGAACGAAGGUGCACCAGGAGCCCCGACGGCGAGUCGCAAGGAGCCGCCACCACCGCCACUUGUUUUCCUCCACGGCGCCUUCCACGGCGCUUGGUGCUGGGAGCGCUUCCUCACCUUCUUCUCAGCUGCUGGCUACGACAACUACGCGCUCAGCCUGCGCGGCCACGGCAACAGUGCGCCCGGCACCAUGCAGCCCGGUAGCCCGAAAGGCACGCUGGCCUCCCAUGCCGCCGACCUGGCCAUAUCGCCACACUGCCGCGGCCGCCGGGCCUUGAUCUUUGGCGUGCACCGCACCAGCCCCGCUGCCUGCCGCUUCCUCUUCUUCGCGGCAGACAUGCCGGCAGAGGAGCUACAGCGCUACUGUGCCCUGCUGGCCGCCUACCCCCCGCAUACUCUCAUCGACCGGAGCUCUGCGGCGGGCGCAGCGGCUCCCGACAACCUGGUGCCGCAAGCGCCGCCCGAGGGGGGCUGGCGCCAGCUGCCCCCACAGCGCGUGUUUGUGGGGUGCGGCAAAGCGGAUGUGCUGGUGGACGCAGAGGCGGCGCAGGAGACGGCGGCCUACUUUGGCACGCAGGCAGCGCUGUGGGAGGGUGUGCCACACGACUGCAUGCUGAGCCGCUGGCAGGAGCCUGCUGCCAGCCUGCGGCAUUGGCUGGACACGCUGUCAGCUGCACCACUGGUGCCGCCACGGCCGGGCGAGUGA